UUUAAUAGUUAAGAAACUUUUUUUUAACCAACAUGAAGAACAAAUUUAAAUGAUCAAAUAAAAUAUUUAAAAAAAAAUAUAUUAGUGUCUGUGAUUUUAAAAACUCAAGUGUGUUCAAAAACAGUUCAAAAUGUUAUUAAAUAGUUAUACAUUUAUUCUGGUAAUAUUAACGGUUUGUGGCACUAUACACGCCCAAUAUGAUUGGCAUCAGCGAGAUGAAUUCGAUUUUAUUCGAGCUAAGCUUGAUAAAGUCACAAAAAAUAAUUGUGAAAUCAAACAUUUAGAAGAUUUAUACUUGCCCGAAGAUUCAGUAUCACAUUUACCCGAUAUUAAAGAUAUUAACAUAAAUCCAGUAUUUCCAAAUCGAACACAAUUGCUUCAUUUACAUAACAUGGCAAUGAGUCGAUCGUUUUUCUGGAGUUACAUACUUCAAUCGAGAUUUAUUCGACCAGCGAUUAAUGAUACAUACGAUCCAGGAAUGAUGUACUAUUUUCUAUCCACAGUAGCUGAUGUAUCCGCUAAUCCGUAUAUUAACGCUAGUGCUAUAUACUUUUCCCCGAAUAUGUCAUAUUCGUCGUCAUAUCGAGGUUUUUUCAAUAAAACUAUGCCACGAUUUGCACCCAGAACAUUUAGAGCGGAUGAUUUCAAUGAUCCAAUACAUUUAGAGCGGACAUCGACACUUAAUACGUUCACUGUUCGAGAUUUGGGUGCCAUACCCCACGAUGCCCAAAGUAUGGAUUACACAUCAGAAUUUUAUCGAAUUAAUGAGUGGUAUAAGAAAUGGUUGCCGGAUGAUAUACAAAAUCGUCAUGAUACUAAAACUACGUAUCAGAUAGAAAUUCGAUACGCGAAUAAUACGAAUGAAACAUUUACGUUUCAUGGGCCGCCUGGUGCUGAUGAAUUUCCAGGUCCUGUCAAAUGGACACGACCCUACUUUGAUUGUGGUCGAGCAAAUAAAUGGUUAAUUGCUGCUGUUGUACCAAUUGCGGAUAUUUAUCCAAGACAUACCGGAUUUAGACAUAUCGAAUAUCCAACGUACACAGCUGCUACCGUAUUAGAAAUGGAUUUUGAUAGGAUAGAUAUAAAUCAAUGUCCUCUGGGGAAAGGUAACCCAGGUCCGAAUCGAUUUGCGGAUACUGCAAGGUGUAAAAAUGAUACAACCGAGUGUGAACCAUUACAUGGAUGGGGCUUUAGGAGAGGGGGAUACCAAUGCCGAUGCAAACCCGGUUGGCGACUGCCGUACGUUGUUCGUCGACCAUAUCUUGGAGAAAUUAUCGAAAGGGCUACCGCUACACAAUAUGAUAAUAAUUUCAACUGUUUAAAAAUAGGAUGGGUUCAAAAGUUACCUGUACAGUGGGAAAAGGCACCGCCUCACAUUAGAGCAAAAUAUAUGGAAAAGUAUUAUGAAUAUAAGAACUUUUCAACUGGACCUCAAUCAUUACACACGGAUAGGUUAAAUAUUCAUGCGGCUUUGAAUUUUAUACUUGGAGUUCAUGAAAAGAAUUGUAAAAGCUUCCAUCCAAAUGAUUUAAAACUACAUGGUGAUGUGAAAUAUGGCGCUGAAGAGCAGUUCCAAAACGAAGCAAAAAUGGCUGUGCGCUUAGCAAAUUUCAUUAGUGCCUUUUUACAAAUCGUAAAUCCGAAUGAAGUAUACAGUGGAAAACGUGUAGCCGACAAACCAUUAAGUGAAGAUCAAAUGAUUGGUGAAACUUUAGCGUUGGUAUUAGGUGACUCAAAAAUUUGGGCUGCUGGUACAUAUUGGGAACGUAAUAAAUUCACAAAUCGUACAUUCUUCGCUCCAUAUGCUUACAAGACACAAUUAAAUACACGUAAAUUUAAAGUUGAAGAUAUUGCACGUUUAAAUAAAUCUGAUGAGAUUUAUACAAAUUAUGAUUGGUUCCAACAUUUGAAACAACGAUGGUCCACAAAUUUUGAUAGUUUGGAAAAGUAUGAUAUGAGAAUUAAAAUACGUUUUAAUGAAACUGGAGAGUAUUCAAAGAAAUAUGAACAUUAUCCAAAUUUCUAUCGUGCUGCUAAUUUAGCACAUGGUUACUGGACAGAUCCAUAUUUUGAUUGUGGUAAAGGAAAAUUAAAUAAAUGGUUAAUUACAUAUGCGGUACCGUUCUUUGGUUGGGACAGUCUUCGCGUCAAACUAGAAUUCAAGGGUGUCGUUGGCGUAACAAUGGAUUUAUUACAAUUGGAUAUCAAUCAAUGCCCAGACAAAUAUUACGUUCCAAAUGCUUUUAAAGAUACUCAUAAAUGUGAUCAAUUGACGUCUUACUGUGUACCAAUUUUGGGUCGCGGUUAUGAAAUUGGUGGUUACAAAUGCGAAUGUUUACAAGGAUACGAGUAUCCAUUUGAAGAUUUAAUAACAUAUUAUGAUGGACAAUUAGUUGAAGCUGAAUUCCAAAAAAUUGUUGAAAAUGAUGAAACACGUUACGAUAUGUUUAAAUGUCGAUUAGCUGGUGCUGCUGCCUUAACGAACAAUGUAUUUAUAUUUAUCCCUCUAUUUUCAUUGUUAUACUUAAUUUAUUUUAAGCAUUAUUGAUUUUUUGAUCUUUUACGAGAAAAUUAAUCCGUCCAAUUUGUUAAUUUUAUAUUCGUCCAAAAAAAAAAUUAUUUUUUUUAUUUUUUAACUUAAGUUUUUUGUAAAUUUUAUGACUUUAAUUUUUUACAAUUUGUACCUUACAAAGAAAGACUCUUCGAUUAUGUAGAAUCUCAAUUAUGUGAAGAUUAUUUUGAAUCUCAAUUAUGUGAAGACAUAGGCAUCGAUUUGGUUGUUCAAAAAGUGCAUAGUACAUAUUUUUAGUGCCUUAACGAAUAUGCACCUUAGUAAUAAAUUCACGACACUAAUUUUUAAUAUAAAAUCGAAAUACAGUAAAAUAAAAAUCGCCUUAGUUUUAGCAUAGUUCAGUAAACUUAAGAUUUUUUUAAAAUUCGUAUAUAUGGCGUAACACUAAAUAAUACUCAACAAUUUAUGAAUAUAUAAAGUGCUUAUCAAAGAAUCAUAAUUCUUGUACUCGAAAUUAAAAAUUAAAAUAACCAUUUUGCUUUCAAAAUUAAUAAAUAUGUGCUGGGACAUUAUCUACCCGGGUAUGAUACGAAUACGAAAAGUAACCGAUACUAAUUUUAAAUUAAGUAAAAUAGUGGUAUUCAAACUCUAAGCAAAUUUACGAAACUGAUCAACUCUAAGCAAAUUUACGAAAACAGUCGCCAUUUUGUUUGCUAGUUUUCAUGGUGAUCAUUCUUUUUCAGUGACAGGGUGGAGUCGACCAGAACUUGUAGAAUGAAUUCGACUAUUUGAGGAACAAGACGAAGCUUCAAUGUUUUAGGCGAACUAGUUUCCUAUAUGUAUCAAGAUUUGCAUAAAAUUUAAUUUCGUAUUAAAUGCUAUAGGCCCCCACAAGCCCAUGUUGAAAUUUUUCAGGUUAAAUGACCCACCAGGAAACAUGUAUAAUAAGAUGCUCCUAUAUGUAAAAGUAAGUUUAAGUACUAUGGUGUUAGGUUUGGGCAGUAUAAUAGUAAUUCAUGCGAAAAUAUGGAUGUCACAUCCCUUUGUAUCUCAACCCUGCAUCAGUAAAAAUCUGUACGGCGUUGCUGAAUACUAACUCUGAAUAAGUAUUCGAAGCGAUUAACAUAAAUGCCAUACAGAAAUAAACGAAGGUACCGGAUUUAUUUCUGUACGACUUAUUUUAUUUCUGUACGAAUACUUAUUCAGAGUUAGUAUACAGCAACGCCGUGCUUAUUUGCUGGUGCAGGGGUGAGAUACCAAGGAAUGUGACAUCCAUAUUUUCAACUGUACCCACUCGUACCGCGCACAACUGACGCCAUGCUGCUUUAAUUUACUUUUACAUAUAGGAGCAUCUUUUUCAACAUCUUUCCUGGUGGGUCAUUUCACCCGAAAAAUUUCGGCAUGGGCUGUGGUCUUUACAGUGUGAAAUUUUUGCUAACAUGGGGACGCAUAGUUAUAAUUUUAACAGUUUUUUCCCAUUCCUUUAUUUCAAAACAAAUAAAUCGUGGACAUUUAGGUUGAUAUUUACAAAUUUUUUGUUUAUUAAAAAAUGUUAAUACGUUGUGGAUAUUUUUAUUAUUUACAAAAAUGAUUCAAAAACAGAUAAUAUCCAAACCCAACAAAUGGCAUCUCGAUUAAAUAAGCCUUCUCAACGUGCCCAAAAAAUGUGUAUACUGCAAAUUUUUUGAAAUAUGAUUUUAAGAAAUACUGAUGUAUAAAUCGAUAAUUCAAUCCAUAUCAUAUUGUAAUUUCAAAGAAAGGAAGUUGAAAACAAGUUCUGGGCAUAGUAUAUUUACAGCUUUUGAUUCUGUACUGUUUCCUGGCUGAAUAACAUCCGGGAUUCAAUUUAAUGAUGUUGUAAUGUUAUACAAAUGGGCAUGAUUCGUGUAAAUGGAAACUCGUGUGAAAGAUUUUAAAAUAAAUGUUUGCACAUUUUUGUCAAUUUUCCCUCCAGAUAUUUUUUUACGAUCAUUAUUUCGACAUUUGUAUUUAAAAAAAUUUGGUAGUUCAAUUGUAAAUCGAUGCUUUUGCAAAUAAAAUUUA